AUGUCCGGCAUUUUUUAUCCCCAGACUAAGGGGCCUAUGUUGAGAUUGGCUUGUCCGUGUCCUGCGAACACAGAUACGGAAGUGGACUUUCGGACAUGUCCUGUGUCCGUCAACAACGUCCGUGUACAAUACUGCCCGCAAUCUAAUGAAUCCGUCAUAAUCGAAUAG